AAGAAGAAAAUGUUAACUUGUGAGUUGUGGGAUUCGGUGACUUUUAUCAAGUAGAAAUAACGAUGCGUUGAUGUAUUGUUUGUUUGGAAGCACGUCACAGAGAAGGGAACCAUUACGUAGUGCUAACUGUCAAGAAAUUGUUUUCCAGUUACGUUAAUUGUCUAAGUGGCCGGUUAAAAGAAUAUAAUUUUGAUAAAACAAUUAUUUUGAUUGUACGACAAUGGAGAAGAGACCUUUGAAUCCAGGUGCUGACAAUCCUCCGCCCUACGCCGAAGCUAUAUCUCCAAAACCAAAUUCUACGUGGCAACCACCUCCUGGAUACAGUUCCACGCAAUCUGGAGGAUCUGCUCCAUGGCCAUUGCCUCCAGGUUACUAUCCUAGCACUGGUGCUACUAAUACUUCUAAUUAUGUACCAUCUUACGGGUCAACACAGUCAACUACUGUCAUUGUGCCUGAGAUCAUUUUAGUUGGCGGAUGUCCUGCUUGUAGAGUGGGAGUAAUGGAGGAUGAUUAUACAUGUCUGGGACUACUGUGCGCAAUUCUGUUCUUCCCUAUUGGAAUACUUUGCUGCUUGGUCUUAAAAACUCGUCGCUGUUCCAAUUGUGGAGCCUACUUUGAUUGAUACAUUCUUAUAAAAGUGAUGUAAUAGUUGUAAAAUUGAAAACUAGAUUCAUUGUUAACCUAAUACUAAUACAAUUAUAAUUAUACUCUAAUAUGUAAGAAUUAUAUUAAGUUUGUAAGAAACUUGUGCAACCAUGCAUUUAAUGUGUACAGUUUUAAAUACUGUUGUAGUAUAAUUUAGUAUUCUAAUCACACGAUCAAAAACUCAAUAGAAACUAUAAAAUAAUUGAGUAAUGUAUUAAUGGUAAUGUAUCAAAGAACAUAAAGAGGUACAUUGGGAACAAAUUGCAUUGAAACCUUUAGGAAAUUAUUGUUUUAGAAAGUAUUUUUUAUUUCCUAAUGGAAUGAUAGAUAUGUAAUUUGCUCCCAAAGUUAACGACCAAUUAAAUUAAUUUGAUGAAAUCUUCUUUAAUGCGCGAGGCGAUUUGAAAUACUGUAAAAUACUAAGUACCUGAUAAUACAGAAUAUUUUUCUAACUGAUCAUAUUACCAAUUUAUUUAUAAAAGAUGUAUUUGGCUAAGAACUAUCUCUGUAAUGAAAGAAAUUAUUGUUAAGAUUUAUUAAAUUAUUGUUGCUAUCAACCUCCGAUGAAUUUUUAGAAACUUUACAAUAAAUAAUAAAGAAACUGUUCAAUUGGUUA